AUGGUUGCCCAGAACAUGAUAAUUUUAAAAAAAGAAUUCUCUCAACUACAGGGAUCCUAUGGCGCGCAACAUGAUCAAAUUGCGUUGUUAAGGGCAGAAUUAGAGGAACAUUGGGAGCAAUCACGUAAUCAACAUAUCUUCUAUUCCAAUCAAAUCCAAGGAGCCGCCGCUUCCAUUGAGGCUGUGCAGAAUCAGCUAUUACAUAUGUCCACUAUUUGCCCUACAGCUCCUCCCCCACCUGCUCCAUCUGGCACAGCCGCCUCCACUAAUCCCCUACCGGCUCCAACAUCUUCCAAUUCAGAUUUAAAGUUUGCCAAGCCCAACAAGUUUAGCAGCAAAAAAGAAGACGCCCUCAAUUUCAUCAUUGCCUGCCAAGCUUAUAUAAGAGCAAAGGGGGCCAACCAAUCCCACAAAGAAAAGAUUUUGUGGGUUACAUCAUAUUUUGAAGGAGCAGCUGAAGACUGGAUUUGCCCAUACAAAGAAAGGAAGGUGUUUAGGGGGGAAGCAGUCCCCUUACUAGAAGAUAUUGAUGUAUUUUGGGCGGAAUUUACCAAGCACUAUGUGGACACAAAUUGCAACAAAAAGUACCGCCAGAAAUGGAACAAUUUGCAACAGAAGGUUUUGGUCCAGGAAUAUACUUGGGAAUUUCAACAAUACUCUGUCUCCUUGGGAUAUAGCAAUGAGACUCUGCGCAACAAGUACUACAAUGGACUUAAGAAUGAUAUUAAGGACAUUAUGCUUUCUACCAUGUUCCAAUGGCGUUGCGCUACUGCUCAACAAGUUUAUGACAAGGCAGAAGAAAUUGCCAACCACAUUGAAUCCACUUGUCUAUCCAAUCCCUCUGUCUCUACUGCUUGCGUUACUUCCACCGCUGUUCCCACUUCCACUUCCAAUCCCACUCCUACGCGUACUUGUCUUAAUGUUGGGGAUAAUGUUUACAUGAUUGACCCUACCACUUGCCGCGCCAAGAAAGGCGCCAUUACUUCAAUUGUGCGCACAACUUUGGGUAAUAUGCCAAAUGUUAGGUGGAACGGAGAAUCUAAAGACACAAUGAUUCCAUUCCCCUCUCUCAAAAAAGAUGAAUGCCCCGCCGCUGCUGCACCUGUUAAAACCAUCAUCGCGCCCACUCCCGUUCUAGCCCCAAACUCUAAAGGUCCAGGCCCCAUGGAUCUUGAUGGAAGAGGAUUUUCAAACCUUACAUGCCAUGUAUGCGGUGGUAAAGGGCAUUUUGCGCGCAACUGCCCUUCUGAGCCCAUGUCUGGACAUGUGGCUAAUGUUGAGUGGUCCUGGGAAAGGCCCAAGGAGGAAAAUUGUAUUGAAGUUGUUUCUGAGGAGGAGGAGUCGGGAAAAGGAAAAGCCAAGGCCAACUAA